UUGACAAAAUUAUAUAUGAUUAUUUAUUUAUUUAAUUUAAUGGUAUUAAAUAUAAUUUCCAAUAAAGUUUUGUAAAUACAUUAAUAAAAAAUCCACACAAUAUUUUACGCUUUUAAUUAAUUGUAUAUUUAUUUAGUAGUAAUUACAAUCUAGGAUUUUGUAUAUGGACACUGUACAUAGAAUAUAAAUUAUCACGUGACUAUAAAUCAGCGAUAUAAAAUACGCAAUAGCUGUUUCUUAUUCAAAACAUUUUCAAUAUGAAACAGUCAUGAAACUUCGUUUUCGACGAAACAGUACGAGUGCAGGAAAUCGCUUUCUCUAGCCUCAAUGACGUACUCUGUACAGACGGAUGUUUAAUAUUGUUACUAAUAGAGCUAAUAUUAUUCAAAUAAACCAUCAUGAACCAUUAAAAGAAAAUACGACACGUAAAAUACAAACGAACGAUAGAUCUUGUGAAUUCGUAGCCACACAUCGACGCCAUGAAUCUACGACUUGACGCGAUUUUAGCGGAAACAAGAUGGAGUAAGUAGAAAGUACUGAUGCUCUGGGUAAUUGGCUGCCCCUAAACCGGCCCUGGUGAGAGCGGGAUAGAAAGAGAAAGAACGUACAACAAAGAUGGCGGAUAAGUGGGGACGGUGGAGGAGGUACAACGUAGGAGGAAGAGGACGAAGAGAUUGUAGAGUAGAAAGAGAAGAAGAGAAAAGAGGACAAGACUACAGGGUGCGAGAUUCGUUAAGAGGGGCAAAGGGAAGAGGUGAUGGAUAUAGAGGGGUAACGAAGAGAAGAGAUGAGAAAAGCCAAGAGGAGAGGUAGCGAGAAGAGAGAUAGACACGGCUCGAAAGGGACGAGUGCGGCUUGGGGGUUUGGGUUAGCUCGUUCGACCCGUUAUCCCUUCUCUCCCGGAGUUCCGAGUUCUCCCUACCUGUCCUUGCUUCGAUUCGAACGAGUCCCACCACUCUCUCCCCUCCGGGAGCGUACGAAAAGUUUCCCCUUCCAGAGAUACACUUCACCGGCUGGCGGGCGACGAUCGCAAUUGCAAACCGCCGCUUUUCGAGGUAGACUCGUUUCGUUCCCCUACUCUCUGUUCCCCACUAUGAGGCACACAGCGAUACUAGCCAGCGAGCCAUACUACGCUCCCGCCACGGUGACGUCACUCUGAGUAGUGUAGUGCAGUGAGAAGGAGCGAAGCCAGCUCCAUCCGCGUUACAUGGCCCAAGUGAACGAAGCGAGUGCGUUUAAGACGUACAUAUACAAGCGUGCAUUGUAGCGCGAUCAAGUUGACGAAAAUAUCAUUAAUUUGUUUGAUUAAUGCACGUUAUGUGACACGAUAAGUUAUUCGAUCGCGAGAAAGAUAGAAAAAUUUGCGCUUCGCUUUUGCUGAAAAAUAUAUUCGACGUAUAAUUCCAUUAACGAAAUAUGAGAGCGGUGAUGAUAAUACAGUGAUGUGAAAUAAGCGACUACACGAGUUAUAAGUGAAGUAAGAGAAAAAGAAAUUGAAAUAAGAAAAAAAGAAAAAAAGUGUGUUCGUGUGCGCGGUAAAAAAGAGUUAUACCUUGUAAUAUUUAGCAGAAAGAAAAGGCAACGAUUCAUAAAUCGAUUGUUCUUUUUUUUAAGUGGGGUUUCCGCGAGAGUUUGAAAGCGUAUUCACAGCCUCUUCGUCGGUGUGAAGGCAGAAAAACGAGAGGCGUCCGAAAAUUUGCAGGCAAAUCAACGCGAGUGUGAAUAUGCUUGGCAAAUAUGCGUUGGGAUGUAUCGCCCGCGCAUUGUGCCCGGUGUGCUUGGUGUGACGUGUGAUUAAUCGCUUUUCUUCAUACGCGAUUCAGUGGUAUACGAUGUGGUGUUCGGCGACGGUCCUGAUCCUUCUAGCCGUUGCCAUCAGUGGUGUCCACUAUCGAGGCUGCUCCUCAUCUUUUUCGUGGUCGUCGUUGUCGUCAGCGUGCGUCGCGACGCAAAAAUUUUAUUGCGAGAGCUCUGUAACCACCCUCUUCUGUUGGCCGAUCGUUCCACGGCACUGCCCUGACGACACCACUCAUCGUGCUUGGGGUCACCACCUUCCGGCUAGUGACUAGUGAUAAUUUGUUUGUUGCCAGUGAUUAAAUUGGGAGUGUCGAAGUGGGAGGAAGCUCCUUUCUUCGUCGUGGAAUACACGUAACGGUUUCUUCGUUUCUUGUCGCGUGUGUGUCGCGAGCUAUACAUGAGAAAGUUUCUUCUCGUGAAUUGAAUAAGAAAUAUCAUUUGUGUCAUAUCGAAUCUAUUAUUUACUUAUUGAUUUGUCGCGAAACAAGUAAACACCGAUUGAAAGAAACCCGGCAAAGAGAAAAGAAGUUUCUUUUAGCCGACCUGCUGGCGAUAUUGAAUAUCGGUGGUGUGGUGAGAGUGUGCCGUGAUUAGAGUCGGGCGAAGUUGUGUGUCGUUGUACAGUGCCGCCAAACGAUACCACAACAUCCGAUCCCAAAUGAAGAGUUCGGAGCAAAAUGGUUAGAGAGACACGUCACUUGUGGGUUGGAAAUCUGCCGGAAAACAUCCGAGAGGAUCGUAUACGAGAGCAUUUCAAACGAUAUGGACGCGUGCAGAGCGUCAAGUUGCUGCCGCGAGGCGAAGAAUGCCCCGUGGAUGGAGGUUCCGGUGGUUCCCUCGGAGAAGGUAACGAGGGUGGUUCCGGUUCCAAUUCUGGCAACGGUGGUAGUGGCGGGGGCAGUGGUUCCUCAGGCAACACCGGGGGUGCCUCCGCGACGGUGGCGUUCAUGGAUAUCAAGUCCGCAGCGAAGGCUCACGCGACUGAACAUACCUUGGACGAACGAGCCCUUACCACACAAUACUACGAACCACAGCAUCUUCAGCACAGGUUUCCCUCGCACGGAAGUUCGGAGGAUCACGGAUCCGGCGGGGUUAGCGGAGGUGGAGUUGCCGGAGUCGGAAGCGGUGGCGGCGGGAAUUCCGGGAUCGUCAGCGGGAGCGUUGGAAGCGGAGUUGGCGGCGGCAGCGGCGGUGGCAGCGGCGGUGGCGGUGGCGGCGGCGGCGGCGGCGGCGGAGGAUCCGCAAAUGGAGGCGGCGGCGUUGGAAGCGGAAUCGGAGGCGGCGGCGGCGGCAGCGGCGGCGGCGGUGGUGGUGGCGGCGGUGGCAGUGGCGGUGGCGGAGUUAGCGAGAGAGGAGAGAGGGAGAGAGAGAGGGAGCGAGAGAGGGAGAGGGAGAGGGAUAGGGAGCGGGACAGGGAUCGAGACAGGGACAGGGAGAGGGAGCGGGAGCGGGAGAGGGAGAGGGGGAGCGAGGGCUUCGAGUCACGUGGCUCGCACGGCAGUUUCUACACGAGCGAGCGAACCGGCCGAGGGGUCGGGUCCGGGGGUGGUGUCGGCGGUGUCGGCGGCGGCGGCGGUAGCAUCGUCGUCGGCGGCCAUCCGGCGGAUCCUUCUCCCGGUGAUCCUGGCGGCUACAUACCCCGCGGCCGUCCACCUCCUGCAAGCUCUUACCACGUGACAUCGAGCAGGGCGAGGGAUCGGCUCUACUCGAGAACCGGCCCGUACUCCUCCGGGCCGCCGCCCCCGCCCCAUUUAGAUCGUCAUCGCGGUGGACUGCCGCCGUCCUCUUGGUCGGCGUACGAGUCGACCACCUCGAGGUACGGGAACGCACCGCCGCCACCCUCGCCUGCCAACAACGAUGCUUACCAGGAUGAGCAAGAUUACAUUCGUCGUGUUGUUCCACUAGGCGGCGGUGGAGGUGGCGGCAGCGGUAGCAGCGGUGCGCUGCGACAGCACAAAAAACAGCGCAGAAAAUCGCGAAGCGGAAGCAGCUCGCCGAGCGGCAGUAGCCGUUCAGGGAGCAGCAGCAGCAGCCGCAGCGGCAGUUCCGCCGCCAGCACUUCCGGGGCAAGCACGUCGCCCGGCAGCUCGCCCCAUCGAGGCGGAAAUGCGGCCGUCACCGAGGACCGCAGGCCGCUCGCUAUUUGCGUGCGUAAUUUGCCGGCACGCAGCAGCGACACAUCCCUCAAGGACGGCCUGUUCCACGAGUACAAAAAGCACGGGAAAGUGACGUGGGUAAAGGUGGUGGGAGCAGCGGGGGACCGCUACGCCUUGGUCUGUUUCAAGAAGCCCGAGGACGUGGAGAAGGCGCUCGAGGUCUCCCACGACAAACUGUUCUUCGGAUGCAAGAUCGAGGUUGCCCCUUACCAGGGUUACGAUGUCGAGGACAACGAGUUCAGGCCCUACGAGGCCGAGGUCGACGAGUAUCAUCCGAAGGCGACCAGGACCCUGUUCAUCGGCAACCUUGAGAAGGACGUCACCGCGUCCGAGCUUAGGAAGCAUUUCGAGCCUUUUGGCGAGAUAAUAGAAAUAGAUAUUAAGAAACAAGGCGCGGUAUCGAGCUAUGCCUUCUGCCAAUACUCCGACAUAGGCAGUGUCGUCAAAGCUAUGCGAUCGAUGGACGGCGAACACCUGGGUGCGAAUCGAAUAAAACUCGGAUUUGGAAAGUCGAUGCCCACGUCCUGUGUAUGGGUUGACGGUAUCGGAGAUUGUAUGUCGGAAAAGUACCUGAACAUGCAGUUCCAUCAGUUUGGACCGAUAAAUCAGGUGGUCGUCGAUCGCGAACGAGGGCACGCGUUGGUCUUCUUCGAGCAGAUCAGCUGCGCCCAAGCCGCCGUGAAGGAGAUGAGAGGCACCGCUCUUCGCGGCCGUCGGCUUCAAGUCGACUUCGCCUCGAGAGAGUGUCAAGAAACGUUCUACGAACAUCUCGAGCGGCAGGGCAUCGCCGGUGAAAGACCUUGGGACACCAGGCCUUCCCCGGCGACGACCUUCGAUGUCUCGAUUCCUUCCAGGCGGGAGCGCAGCAGUUUCGACUCCGGGGUCGCGGUGUCGAACUCGAGUAGCCGGUUCACCCGCUACGAGACGCCCCCGCGGUCGAGAACGGCGAGUUACUCCCGCGCGUCAGGAGGCGGAAGCACGCCGGGCGCGAGCCCGGCCCACCCGACCGCGAUGUCGCGCAGCGGCAGGCGAUCGUACCAGGACACGUACUACGACGGCGAUUACAGCGAGCCCGCGCCUCGACGGUUUCGAAGCUACGACGAGUUCAGCCAGGGGAGCGGGGCCAGCCACGACGAUUACCAGAGCAGCGUGCUCGGCGACGGCAAGUUGAACGACGACGACUGCCCGCCGCCGUCCCGACGCCACGCCGUCCAAAGCGUCGUGACCAGCGUCGAUCCCCCCGCCCCGCCGCCGCCCCUCUUGCCGCCCCCGGACAUAAGGCACCUGCAGAAGGAGAGGGUCCACCUGCUCGAGCAACUGGAGGAGUGUCAUAGCAGCGGGGACGAGGUCGGUUUCGCGCCCAAGAAACGCGCCAAGCUGGACGGGGGGUCGGCAGCUAUACUGUGCGAGGACGACGAGCCCGAGAUCGCCUCGUUGCUGGUCACUUCGCACUCGAGCAGGAAGGGGAUGGACAUACGACGAGUGAGCGACGGCAAAGUGGUGAUACAUCACAGCACGAGGAGGGGUAGCUGCGAGGGUAGAGGGCCGGGACCUUGCAAGCGGCGUCGCGAUGUUGCGAACAGGCAUCACGAGCAUCACGACGGAUCGCGGCCAGGGACGCCGUUGGUGGACGAGAGGCCCGAGAACUUGGUGCCUAGCGAGCCGAGGCGGUUUCGGGAGAGGAGCCACGACGGCCCUUUGUCCUUGCCUUUGCCGAGGUUCGCUGCCCAAAUGUUGAACAACAACAACAACAGCAGCAACAGCAGCAGCGGUGGCGCGAACAACAGUAGCGGAAACAGCGGCAACAGUGGCGGCCGACCGAGCAACAACUCGAGCCUCGCGAAGAUGACCAGUCCGCCGUGCGCGAAUCUGGCAACGGCGCCGAGCCCCCGCACGGCCCCCCAGCCCCCGGCUUCCCCCCCACCCCGCCACCCGAGCCCCAGCCCGACGAGCUCCGACAGCGAGACGGCGCCACAAUCGCCAAGCCUGGAGGAAAGGAUACGCUCCCUCGACGAGAAGUACGAGAAGUGGUCGGGCUCGAGGGCGUUGAGCGCCGCGGGUGGCGAUGCCCUCGCGAAACUCGACGCGAGCGCGUCCGAGAGGUUCAGGUUCAGGCACAAGUUGCUCGACUUGGAUCUGCACGAGGUGCAGCCAAGCGACAUAGUGAAAUCGGUCCUUGCAAAGAGGAGCGUGUUCGACGAGGACUCGAAACGUUUGGAGAAUUUCAGCGAGAAGUACGAGCCGAGGGAAUUCACAGGCGUGAUAGGCGUCGGUUCGAUGAUCGGCACCGCGGCCAGCCUCGCCUCGAGCGGCGGCGGCGGCGGCGGCGGUUGCACCGGCAAAGUCUGUUUGCAGUAUCCGUUUCCUAGUCACCCGCCGGUACAAUUGUCGACGUCCACGUCUGCCACCAGCCAAAUCGUCACCCCCGUCACCGCCGCCACCACCACCACCUCCACCACCUCCACCGCCACCGGCACCAUUAUCGCCACCACCUCCCUCUCCUCGAGCUCGACCUUGUCGUCGGCGACGUUGAAGGCCGCCGACCCGAGGGCAGGCGUGCAGCACAACUGCGUGCACCCAACGCCGACCACUCCUGUAACACCCGGCACCUCGAUCAAGACUGUCAGCCCCGAAUUACCACCGGUUUCACUACCGAUCGGUCUCGCCAGCGGAACGGCAGCCAGCAACAGCAACAAUAGUAGCAGUAGUAGUGGCGGUUUAGCGUCGGCUAGUAGUAUUCUUAGCGGCAACGGUAGUGUAAGCGGUAUUCACGCUCUUGGAGCGUCUACGGCGCGAGGAUUGGCCGGUAGCGGCGGGUGUACGGCGAUCACGAGCUCGUCGACGACGACGACGAUUCCCGCAACCAUCUCGACGACAACCUCCACCGCCCUCACCGUCGCGUCGAGUAACAACGGUGGUGGCGCUGGUCACCAGGCUUCCACCGUGUCCACCGCCUGCUCAGCGUCGUUGCCCUCGACAACAACGUCGACGACGACGUCCACGACGACGACGACGACGACCACGACAACAACGGCGGCGACGACGACGACGACGACUAUGGCGACGACGUCGUCGUCGACGUCCAUUGUUACUUCAUCCACCUCUUCUUCGAUUACCACCACAUCCUCCUCCAUCUCUUCCUCUUCCUCUUCCUCCUCCACUGCAUCGUCGCUAUCGUCAUCCUUGGAAAGUUCCCGCUCCAGGCCGAGGAAAGAGGUCGGCAGAGAGUCUCGGGACGGUUCCAAGUACGGCGGCGGGAAAAGCGGGAAGGAUUGCCAGAGGAAGUCGAGGAAGGAAGAGAACUCUGGCGAGGUGGAGAGGAGUAAUCAACGUAACAAGGAUAGGGGCGAGGAGAAGGACGCGACGACGACUGGAGCGAACGACGUUGCCGACAACGAAAAUUGCGGCGGCAACGGCAACAACGGUCACGCGUCGAGGGAGAGCAAGGAGAUCGCUCGUUACGAGAGGAAGGAGCGCGAGAAGGAGGAGAGGCGGGAGAAGGACGAGGAGAGGAGGGAAAGGGAGCGGUUGGACAAGGAGCGGCAGGAGAAGGAGAAGCGGGAGAGGGAGGAGAGCGAGGCGAGGGAGAAGGAGAGGCGCGAGAAGGAGCGGUUGGAGCGGGAGAGGCGGGAGAGGGAGGAGCGGGAGAGGCGGGAGCGGGAGGAGCGGGAGAGGAAGGAGCGGGAGGUGCGGGAGAAGCAGGAGAAGGAGAGGGCGAGGAAGGAGAGGGAGGAUCAGGAGAGGAGGGAGAAGGAGGAGCGGGAGAGACGGCGGGAGGAGAAGGAGCGGGUGGAGAGGGAGAGGAAGCGGGAGCGGGAGGAGAAGGAGAAGGAGCGGGUGGAGAGGGAGCGGCGGAAGGAGAAGGAGGAGCGGGAGCGGGCGGAGAAGGAGAAGAGGGAGAAGGAGGAGAGGGAGAGGGUGGAACGGGAGAAGCACGAACGGGAGAAGAGGCGGGAGCGCGAGGACCAGGAGAGGCGGGAGAAGGAGAAGUCGGAGCGUGAGAAGAGAAGGGACAGGGAGGAGAAGGAGAAGGAGAAGAGGAGCCGGGAGGAGGAGAGCAGCGGCAGGCGACAACCCACCGAGAAUCACGUUCAUCAAUCUGCCUCGCAAUCGCAAAAUCAAAUAUCCCCUGCUCCGGUGUCCAUCAAGCGACGAUGCUCGUCGCAGGAUGGACCACCCGAGGAGGAGGCCAAACGCAUGAAGAUCUCGGAGCACAGGAGGGACAGCAAAGACCGGCCUAGGCAGUCGAACAGGAGGUCGGAGGAUCGAAAACACCGCAACGAUUCUCACAGGUCGAGCCGGGAGAGCAGGGAGAGCCGCGACAGCAAGGAGAGCCAAGGAUCCGGCCAGGGGUCCCAGGACAACGGUAGUGGCAGGGAGCAGCAACAGCACGGUGGUAGCGGCGCUGGCGGUGGCGGCGGUGGUGGUGGGAGUGAGGCGAACAACAGAGAGAAUAGUCAACGGGAGAACAACAGUCGAGAGACCAGCAAGGAGAAACAACGAAGCAAGAGGAAUCGUUCGGAGAAGGAGUCGAGGGAACGAAGCCCGAGGGUGUCUCACGAGUCGGAUAAAGAGUUCCUAUCGAGACUGGACAUCUCGAAGCGCAAUGAUUCCAAUUCGCCGAGCGAGCAGACUACGAUCGGUUCGAAUCAUUCGCGAGAAAUGCAGCAGCAGCAGCAGCAGCAGCAACAACAGCAACAACAACAGCAGCAGCAACAGCAACAGUCUUCCAUGAAUCUGCACAGCGACGUGGACGAUGGCCCUUUAUCGACUCACGACAUCCAGGUGGCCAGACAUCCAUCCGCCACCACCGACACGGACAGCGACGAGCCGAAGAAACACUCGAUUUUCGACAUAGUUGACGACGAACCUGCCUACAUCAGCAUGUACGACAAGGUGAAAGCACGCUCGACGAAGAACAUGCAGAAACUGGAGGAGGAGAAGCGGCAGGUACGAUUGAAGGAUAAGUUCUCGCAGUUGAAACAGAGCCGAGCUAGGAGGGAGGAGAAGAAGCAGAGCACUUCGUGGGACGGCGACUCGGUGUCGAGCAAGGCUUUGACGGAGGACGAGGCAACCUCCGAAUCCGACUCGGCCAGGGCCAAGUCUCUGUCGAGAAAGAGUUCCAGAUCUCGAAUUCACUCGGACACCAGCGAGGAGGAGGAGUCGUUCAACAACAAGAUUCGAAAGGUGGUGAAGACCGAGAGGUUCUUGGAGAGCGACGUCGACCUCGGAUUCGCCGACACGGAGGAGAAACACAAUUCUCUGGAAACGACGAACGUGGUGGUGGUGAACAGCGUCCAUUCGAACGUGAAGGAAGAGCCUCGUACCUCGGACGAUGACGAAAGAGUUCCCGUUCCGUUCCGUGGCAAUCAUCCGGCGAUCGUGGUGAAUAAUCACGAGCGCGACUCCCGCAAGAAGUCGCACAAGAAGAAGCAAAAGCGGCAAAAGAACUCGAUCUCGAACGAGGAGAACAGCCUGAAAACCGAGUCGUCGGAAGCCGUGGUCGAGCACAAGAACAAGUCGAACACCGUGGCGAGCGGUAACGCGGAUUGUCGACCUAAUCACGCGUCCGAGUCCGUCGUCAACGCGUCGACGACCGCGACGUCCGCCACGACUGCGCUCGAGAGCACGGAGGAGAGGAUAAGAUCGGACAAGAAACAGCGGAACAAGAAGGACAAGAGGAGGGACAGGAACGGCGACGACAAAGCCAAAGCGAGGAGGAAGAGGUUGAACAGGCAAGAGGCUAGAGAUUCGCAGCGAAUGGAGGACAUAUUCGGCCCGUUGUCGGACGACGUGGAUGACGGCCCGUCGAACAAUGCUCUCUUCAAUCGGUUGGGUAACAACGCGUACGCUUCGGACAGCGACGGUGGCCACAGCCCUGGGCUGGACGUGGAGCGGGCCAGACGGAAGGCGGAGAAGAAGCAGCGUCGCCACCAACCGGAGGACGAGAACAGCGUGGACUUGGCGGAGGCGGGGCGCGAGAUCGAGGCGAAGCUUUUAGGCCUGCCCAACUCGCCGAAAUCGGGCGUGGCUUGUACGGAGAGCAACGACCACGACGUGUUCCGGUUCACCGACGACAACGAUAGCGUGGAACCGUCCACGCCGUCCGCUAUUCCGGAGAAGGUGAAAGAGAAGAAGAAGAAGAGAAAAAAGUCGAAGGAAGAGCGCAGCCGGAAGGAUUACCACCAUCAUCACCAUCAUCACCAUCAUCAUCACGAGAAGAGCGGCGAAUUGCCUUAUUUGGGCGCGGAUCCUAGCCCUCCGAGGGCCAGCAGCCCCCUCGUAUCGAAAACGAUGUCGCCUACCUUACCUACGCCCAGGGACACCUUGCUGAGCCCCAUUCCAAAGGUCGUGCCCAAUGUGGCAACGAUGCCAUCGAUGACUCCUCCUCCCGUGGUUGGAAGUGGUAUGCAAUCCGCGAAAACGGAAAAGAAGAAGGACAAGUUUAUACCAGGGUUCGGUAUCGAGAUUGACGAGACCAUUCAUGACAACGCGGUGAAGAGUAUCUCGGAACCGGAGGAGCGCGAGAGCAAUUGUCAGUCGCGCGGCGGCAGAGAGGAAGCGGAGGUGAAUGCAUCGACCACGCCACCCACGCAAACGGAGGAUAAGCCACGAGUGGCCAUCUCUCAAGAGGAGACGGAGGAUGCAGUCGCUGCGUUGUUGGAGGAGACUUUCGGAGGAUCGACGGAAGAUUUCUCGUACGAGGGCGAGGAAGAAGACGCGGAAGCGGAGGACGCGGUCGGAGCGACGGCCGAGGCGCCUCAAGAGGACGUCGAGGAGAUGCAACAAGCCGUGGAAAGUUUGAACGCCUCGACGGGAGAGGGUGAGACUGAUAUGAAACCGGAUACUCCUCAGAGCGAGCACGAUCUGCAGAUAGACACGGACACGGAAGAGGAUCCCAACUACGAGACGUUCGAUUUGACGCAACCUCCUAAAACGCCAGACAUUCCAUCUUUCUACAAAUCACCCACGAAAACCAUCAACGCUAUCGCGCCUUCCCUGGCGGCGACGACAGAGAAGGCCAUCGAAUCGCGAAUCUCCUCCAUACCCGUGAAAUCGCAGAGUCCACCGCCAACGUCCGUGAUCGCGCACUCGUGGAACUUGAACGAGAAGCCGCGAGAAAUAGCGAAAACCGUGCAGGCGAUGGAAAACGUGGAGACGAACGUGACCGCGGCCAGUCCGGAGAGGAUUAACUCGCAGCAGCAGGCGCGUCGAGCUUCGACCUCGCCACCUCCUCAAUACAAACAGCCGGUCUUAGGUCCGUGCAGUGUACCGAUUACCAGUGAAACUCCUAGAAUAGCCGCGGUCAGUCCUAGGCCACCGCCGAUCAGCGUGCAAUCCUUGUACCAGAAGCUGCCCGUUUCGCCGCAAUCCCAGAUGGUACCCAUGCGACAAACCUCUCCCCGAAUGCAGAACAUCUCCGCCGUCUCGACAUCGGCCUCCUCGAAUCAGACUCCCCUGCCACCUCUGGUUCCAUCCAGAAUGCCACCCUUGGUGCCGUCGCAAUUGUCGCCGAGAAUCCUGCAACCGUUGUCACCUAACGGGCAAUGGUCUCGAAACUCGGCGCUCAGCCCACACGUACCAAGCGUCGGUAAACCGUCUCCUCCGCCGGCAAGGAUAGCGGUAAGCGUGCCCGUUUCAGCGCACAGACCGGAAGCACCCGCGCAACAGAUUUAUUCCACGGCUGCCACCCAGCAACCCGUCAUUCAGCACGCUCCUGGAAUGAGAGCUCUGGCGCCUAGUCAUCCGAGAGGAGGCUUGCCACCUCUCACGCUCAAUAUCCCACACCGUCCUUACAUGCCUGUACCACCGUUGGCUCCGGGUGUACAAGUGAAAAGCUCGAGGGAUUCCACCCUGGGUGGGAAAUCCGUGAUUGAGACGUUACUUCCGGUAAAUCCUAACGAGCCCCCCCAGCGACUCGAGGAACCGAAAUUAUCGCCAGCUGUUAUUCCAGAGCCCACGAACAAGGCUUCCACCUCGCCCAAAGUUCCAUCGCCGAAUCAACCGCCCACGUAUAUUCCCGAGACGGCGAAGAUCGAGAUAAACGCCAGCACGUCGAGCCCGGUAUUCGGCAAACCGACCAACAUCUCGGACACUUGCCCCUUGUCGUCCAGAAAUCAGAAACAAAUUUCAGGCGCUAUAACGACGGAUGGUAAUUUGUUAUCCCCGAGGCAGAAGCAAGAAAUUUCGAGCCUUCAACUUUUAACCACUCAUGUGCCACGCUCCUCAACGCCGAGCCCUGUGAUAGUCAGUCAUGGACAAUCUCACCUAGUCCACAAGUCCGUGGUACAUACUAUCGGUGCAUCCACUGUUUCUUCGGCCAAUCAACCGCUGAUCAAGACGGUUGUACCCAUAGUUUCGCAGCAGAUCGCGUCCACGGUACCUGUUUCCGUAUCCGAAGAGAAAUGCAUCAUCGCGCAGGCGUCGCUACCUCUUAGCACGAGCAAAAGGCACUCGCCGAUAAUGCAGAGCGGUCAGUUGGCCAAGCCUCAUAUACCAUUAGUAUCCACGGUGUCGCAAGCAAUCAUAGCUAGAACCGUACCAUCCACGGUAUCGUCGCCACCUAUCGACAGCGAGCAAACGACGACCGAGUGCGUGGAAUCGCGUCUAUCUUCGGACCAAGAGCUGGAAGUGGAUCCUGACGUACAGAUGGCGCAAACGGCGCAGCCCAUGCAACUUACUCCGCCCAUACAACCUACACAACCGAUGGACGUUAUAAAAGAAGAACCGCCCGAAAUUUCGAAACGAGAAGACACCGCGAUAAAAGAGGAACCACGCAACGAGGAAUCGGAACGUCCGUUGAAUCAGCCAAUCUGUACCAACGUGGACGUGAAUAAUCUUACCAAGGUAGAGUCACAGGAUCUUGUCAAAUCGGAAAAAUUAUUAUGUACGCCGAAAUGUGAAUCUAACGAUAACAAUCUUGUCCCCAAAAUGGAAAUCGAGCCCUCUUCGGUUAAGUCAGAGUCCGCGAAUAACGAGAUCAAGGAAGAGGAGCCCGUGAAAGAGAACGAAGAAGCGGAUAUGGACGAGGAACCGGCGGAGGAUCCGUUGAAAGAACCGAGCACGGAUCCGCUUGCCAUCGACGUGUCUAAAGAGGAUCCAACGGAUAGUAAGGAGGACAGUGAUUAUUGGUCGGCCAAAGAAGUGAAUAUCGAGAGCGUGAUAAAGAAAGUGGACGCGUUGUGCGAUGGCGAGGGCAACGACGGCGACGAGGAAACGCAACAUGAACAAAAUGCCAGUAACGAGACGCAGGAGCAACCGAAAUCCAACGAAUCGGAAUGGUUCAACGCCGAGGUAACGGAGACCGAGGGCAAGAAGAACUUUACGACGAACGAUGACCAAGAUGAGGGCGUAGAAACGUGCGAAAGUGAAUCGACCAAGAGCCGACGUGGUAGAACAAAGAGCAGACGAGGAGGCGGUAGCCGAGGCGGAGUAACCACCAGGCGAAGCAGUAGAAAUACUGCUACUGUAGUGCAUAAACGGGGAGCGAGAACUCCUAGAGGAAGCAAACAUCACGUAGAGAAGAACAAAUUGCCAGCUGACGUUUACGAAUUCCACGAUGAUAGUGAAGAGGACAAUGCCGGACGGCCACGAUUGAUUCUCACCAUCAAGUCUCCAGUGCCGAAUCUAUCCGGCCCCAAUGCGCAACCAGCGACACCUAUUGCCGCAGUGAAAGAAGUACCGCCAGAAGAGUUUGUCCCUCCAGCGGCGAACACGAGAAAGUCGAGGAGAUUAGCCGAGAGAGAUGGAAUUAGAAAUACUAUCGACGAUGUGAUCGAAGAUGUUGUUCGUGGUUCUGCGGUAAACAAGAGUGUAUUAGGAGGAUCUGCUAAUGUUCACGCUACCAGACGAAGCACGAGGCAUAACAAUUCGCCUCGCGUACAGGCCACGAUGCAAUUGACCGAACCUAGAAAGUCGCCGAGAAGCAUGCGCGGUAAAUCUGCGCGGAGAACAUCCGAGAACGAUGACGACGAAGAGUAUCGUGAAUUGAUGAAGAUGAAGGAAACGCCAUCCAUACCUCAGGAACUUCAAAACAAAGAGGAGAGUGUUCCAACUCCGGAUGAAACUCCAAAAGCGGAGGAGGCCAGCCAACCUGUACCAGAACCUACGCAGAAACCAGUUUCUCUUGAACCAAUGACGUUGAUAGAUCCGGUGACUGGAAUGUUGAUACCGAUGAGGGAGUCGGAGGAAGGUCAAUACAUUCCAGUUUCUACGACUUCUGGACAGACGCAGUCGGUAAACAGAAACACAUGCGAAUCCAGAAAUGCUCCAGUAAUGAUAGCGAAUACUGUUCCUAACACGAGUGGAGUGUUAAGACCGAAACCACCUCAACCGGAAAAUCUAAGUAUUUCCGAAGAGCCGAAAAAAGAACAAAUUCAAGAACCGGGCCAAAAUCAGCAGAUUCAACCACAGACCAGCGUUAUAACGAAACCACAAUCUCCGGUAGUUCAAGUAACCUCUACGGUCGGUAUAAUUCAGUCAGCGACAACUUCCACCACCGUUACUUCUGUGGCUACAACAACGGUGGCGAUGCCAACGACACCUACCUGCUCAACUCAGUCGAAACCUACGAGCCUCAAGGCUCAUGUAUUAAAUGCCAGUAAAUUAGCUACACCAGUGCAACAACAAGUGGUGAUCACGAAACCAGCAACUCCUAACGUGCCUAGUCAAUCGGUUGUACAGAACAUCGUAAAAUCUACUCAACCGAUGCAAGGUCUACACCUACAAGUGUCAAGUAACAGAGUGGUUUCGCCGAGUUUGAGCCCACGCAGCAAACAAACACCACAAAUUAGCGCGGCGAACGGAAAAAGUCAAGGACAGCCUAUGUCACCGGUUCUCAACAAUACUGGUGUUCCACCGAACCCGAAACAACACCUUUUGCAAGCGGCCAAACAACAAACAUCCGCGAUAGUAAAUCUUCCUUCUCAAAAAUUACCCAUGAACGUUCAUCCAGCUAAUGUAACUACAACGCCUACUCCGAGAAUCCAUCAACCUGUUUCCCAACCAACAACAUUAAAAGCUAUUAAUGGCCAGCCACAUCCUCUGAAUCCAAAAGCACAUUUGCUGCAAGCAGUGGUGCCACCAAUGGUCACAGGUGCAGUGGCCAGUCCACCUACUCAACCUCAUAUGAUAAAUCCACAACCCGCUAAUGUGAGCUGUUCGCGACCUCCAGCACCAAAACCAUCAGUAACGGGAACGAUGGAACCACCGAAAGUAGAAGUAUCAAUGUCUGGCUGUAUUAUGGUUCCAACUGCGAGUCCUCAAGCUCGAGGGGUACCAAUAUCAACUUAUGAAGGACCAUUGCAUGGAAGUGCGGGUGCUACUCCAUCACCAGGGGGUCAAUAUGGACUUGUCCCCCCACAUCGAUCCCAGAGUCCUCCAUUGCCUCCACCUGCCCAUCAUCAUACUAAUGCUUCUCAGGGUGACGUUGUAAAUCACUUUGGAAGUCUGGCAAGAGGAGCAGAGAUACCACCUCAUUAUAUGCAUCCGCAAAUGCUGCAAUAUCAGUACCUACGUGCACAACAAGAGGCAUUGACAGCUCCACGGAUAUAUCAUAUUCAAGAAACUCGAUCUCCUCAUUUACCAUUAGAUCCUAAACUUGAAACAGGUAUAGAGGACAGCCACAGUCCACCAUUGGAAUUGAGACGUAGCGCAAGAACACCUCAAGAUCGGACUACUGAUAGUCCUCAAGUAGCUCAAGUGUACAUGAUGCAUGGAACAGUGAGAUUACCACCACCACCGCCGCAAUAUAAUGCUGGAAGUAAUCCAUCUUUAACUGGUGCGCCAGCAGCUGCCAGAGGUGGUUUUUAUGAGCCUCCACCGGCGCAUUUGCGUUCUCAAUAUCCUAUCGCCGCCAGUGAAGCACCAAGUGACAGAGCAAUUACACCAGAUAGGCCUAGAAAGCACCAAGUAGUUACUCCACCUCAUGCUUCCCAAGUGCCACCACAAGCAGACUCGUUUCAAAUGUUAUUGCAACGUUAUCCAGUUAUGUGGCAAGGACUAUUGGCUCUUAAAAACGACCAAGCGGCAGUACAAAUGCAUUUCGUUUUUGGUAAUCCCAAUGUGGCAAGGGACAGUCUACCGUGCAAUAGCGAUGGCUCCACUCCACCAUUGAGGAUCGCUCAGAGAAUGAGAUUGGAACAAACUCAGGUCGAAGGAGUAGCGAGAAAGAUGCAGAUGGAUAAUGAACAUUGUAUGCUCCUUGCACUUCCUUGUGGUCGAGAUGAAGUAGACGUACUACAACAAAGCAAGAACCUCCAAACCGGAUUUAUAAUGUAUCUACAACAAAAACAAGCUGCUGGAAUUGUUAACAUCGCUGCACCAGGAUCACAACAACCUGCGUAUGUAGUUCAUAUUUUCCCAUCGUGUGACUUCGCAAACGAGAGCUUGGCGCGAAUCGCGCCGGAUUUGUUGCACCGUGUCGCAAAAAUCGCUCAUUUGCUCAUCGUUAUUGCCACCGUUUGAGGCCAACCAGUGGUCUAUUGGAUUACAAUCUAUCUAUAUUUCUCGCCUUCACGCACUUGUAGGACACUUCGCACGUGGCAUGAAGCCUGGAGUGUCCUCCCGACGAAGUGCAGUAUCGUACAACAAACGAUGAGAAUAUUUCCGAGGGAAUGAAAAGUUUCUCUCCUCUGGAGUUAUAUCAGUGACAAUCAAACGGAUUCUUUUGCGAAUCGUGCCGACCUUCUAGAUCGUAGGCCUAAACCGUAGGUACGGGGUUGUGUAGCGUAGAGAGGCUAGCACGGUCAAUGUACCAACAUCACCGAGCGUGUCUUUCUUCUCCAGUUUAAUUUGCGAUGACGAGUUCCAUUCAAUAUGGAAUGACUCGUAGUUCGUUCAUCACUGAUGACGUUUGUGAGAUCGACCGACAUCACUCUUGGUCUUUCUGACAAGCGGAUCAGGCACAACCCCAAUCCUUAGUGAAGACCUUCGAUUGAUAAAAAACCACGCGAUGUCCUCACUGUGAAAAGAAAAGAUAAAGGAAAAAAAGAAAAAAAAAGAAAGAACAGAAAACUCACAAAGCUCGUCCCUCCUCUAGGAAAACAGUAAAAUAAUAUCUACCGUUACUCUAGAUGGACAGUCGAUUUCAUAAGUAAAAGAAUAGCUGAAGAUUAAAAAAAAAAAAAAAAAACUAACGUACCCUACCACUAUAAUACACGAGCUAUUUUAAGUAAGGCUUAGAUAUUAAUGAUACUGUAUAAAUUAUAAGCGAGCCAGCGAGGGCAUAACUACUGUGAUUUUAAUUAUUUAACGAUAUAUAUCUGCGUAAAGACGAAGAAAACAAAAAAGUAAAACAUAAAAUGGUGACCGAUUCUGGUCCACGCGGUAUGUGAUGUGUUUUUUGUAUAAUAUUGCUCUAUAUAAAUACCUAUGUAUUAUAUUACCUGUAACAAUAGUUGCUGCUGCCGCUGUUGCUGCUGCUGCUCGUAUCGAACUAGAAAGUAAAAUUACGAUCUAGACUUCUAGUGAAAAAACAUGCAAAAGGACUAUCUAAACUAGUGUUUAUCCUAGUGUAAUAUAAUUUCCCAUACCAGGAUGUAACAUAUUAUUAUCAUUAUUAUCAUCUUAGCACUAUGUACAUUAUAAACAAAUUUUUAAUAUUC